CCUUAUUUAUUUUUAUUCCUUCAACAGAAAUGUGCGUAUAAAUAUUUUUUGAUCCUGAACUGUAAAACUCUGCAGCAAAGCGAGAGAAGGAAGCUUUAUGAGGUGGUUUUGAUAUUUUGCCGAUUAAGAGAUGGAAAACCCAAAGAGAUGUAUUCACGAGGACCUGCUACGAGACUUACCCGAUUGUUUAUUGUUUGACAUAUUUUGGAGGUUGCCAAUGACAGAUGUGGUUAGGACUUCUGUUCUAUCCAAACGCUGGAGGAAUUUUUGGACCACUGCCCCCUUUCUUAACUUCGAUAAUCGUGCUAUGUUGCUUGGUGAUGGUAGUAAGCUUCAGAAUUUUGUUAAUCAGGCUUUGUCAUGCUGGAAUGGGGAUAGGGUUUUGAAGUUCAGGUUUCAUUCGUAUCAUGAGAUUGCGAGUUCAAUGUAUAGCGAUGUUGAUUUGUGGGUGAAUUUUGCACAGAGAAAUGGAGUCGAAGAAUUACAUUUACAUGUGUUGUGCAUUACUAAAAGAGCUUGGCCUGGUUUUGAUGGUAAGGAAGUUUACCGCGUGCCACCGUGCCUCUACUCUUACUCAUCCCUAAAAGAGUUAUCACUCCAAUCUUGUAACUUGGAGAUUAGUGGAAAUGUGCAGUGGAAUAAACUCGAGAGUUUGAAGAUUAAUGCUUACACGGCUGCUCCAGCUGUGAUUAACCAAAUAUUGUCUGGUACUCCUCAGUUGAAAGUCUUUCACCUGACUUAUGUUGACAAAGGUGGAAUAUUGAGUAUCCAAUCUAGUAGUUUGAAAGAGCUGUCUAUUGACAAGUACAUUUUGUGGCGCGACGAUCUACUUGCGCUUUCGGAUCUGAGAAUCUGUACCCCGAAUCUUGAAACAUUAGAGAUUAAAGGACUUCCAUAUAGGAAGUAUUUUCUGACGGAUGUCUCAUCUUUGACACGUGCAGUUCUUGAUUCGGUGCCCUUUGGUUUAGGCCAUUUUUUGCAGAUUUGGUUGUCACACGCAUUGAGUCAAAUUCUUCAAAGCAUUCAACAUGCGGAAAACAUCGCGUUAUCAGACUGUUGCACCGAGGUGGUUGGAGCUUUGAAAAUGAAUUGUGUGCACUCAGCUUUUCUCAAUGUCAAAUCCCUAGAACUCAGAUGUUGUUUUGAUGACUACAAACAAGUAGUAGGUGUUCUAGCAAUGUUCCCUCGGUUGGAGAAAUUAAUCAUUAGAGACAAGAAAGAAGAAGGCCUCCAAGAUGACACCGAGCCACUCAAGUUUGAGGCAAAUAUUCCCGAGUCCUUUCUUCUUCAGCUGAGGACGAUUGAGGUUACUUGGUCUGAGCGCUACGACAUAUUCCCAUUGAUUGAGAUUUUGUUAAAAUACGCAAGCAAGCUAGAAAAGAUUGUUUUCCAAUUAUAUGAAAUCAAGUCGCCUGCACCGUCAAAUUCUCUGUCUUUGGUGUCACAGAAACUGAAGGGGAUGCAGAGAUCUUCGACUAACUGCACAAUUAAUAUCACCCAGCUACGCAUUUAAUCAUAGGAACGCCUCAGGUAACUAACUGAUUGUCUUGUUUGGCAGGUAAUUACCAGCUUUUGUCGUACAUUUUCUUUCAAAUAUCAAUGGCAACAGUAUGUUUCUCUGGGGAGGGAAGUGCUAGGUUCCCUUUUCUUGCAUUCGACUUGCUGUGCUGUGUCAAUUAUAGGUUCGUUUUGCAGUUGUAUUUUGUUAGUACUAUAUGUUUAUUCAGCACAGUAAAGCAUUCGCACAUUUUUGGAGUAA